AUGGAAGAUUUAGAAAGAGUAAAAGAACUAAAAGCUUUUGAUGAAACAAAACUUGGUGUUAGAGGACUUGUUGAUGCAGGGAUUACAAAGGUCCCUCGUAUUUUCUAUCAACCACCUGAUAGCACCAAGAAGGCAUCAGAGUCAGGGGACACAACAACUAUUCCUGUGAUAGAUCUUGCUAACAUUCUUGAAGAUCCGUGUGCACGCAAAAGGGUCGUCGAAAGUGUUAGAGAUGCAUCAGAGAUAUUUGGAUUUUUCCAGAUUGUAAAUCAUGGCAUCCCAGUGAGUACGUUGAAUGAAAUGAAAGAUGGGGUGGUAAGUUUUUUUGAGCAAGAUAGUGAGGUCAAAAAGAAAUAUUACACUCGUGAAAGAAAACCCUUUGUGUAUAAUAGUAAUUAUAAUCUUCUAUAUACAUCUGAUCCAAUUACUUGGAAAGAUACCUUCCUUUGUAACAGGGCUCCUAAUCCCCCCAAACCAGAAGACCUUCCAGCUGUAUGCAGGAACAUACUGCUGGAAUACUUGAACCAUGUAAUGAAAGUGGGUACUUUAGUGUUUGAGUUACUAUCAGAAGCUCUUGGUCUAAACCCAACCUAUUUAAUAGAUAUUGGUUGUGCUGAGGGCUUAUCUGCUUUUGGCCACUAUUAUCCAUCAUGUCCUGAACCAGAAUUAACUAUAGGAACAGUAAAACACGCCGAUAUUGAUUUCAUCACAGUGCUUCUACAAGAUCAUAUAGGUGGCCUCCAAGUUCUUCAUAAGGAUAUGUGGGUUGAUGUACCUCCUAUACCAGAGGCUUUGGUGGUUAACAUCGGUGAUUUUUUGCAGCAUUUUCUGUUCAUUUUCAAGAAUCAAAUCUUUUACAACGCUGCAGAGCCUUAG